GACUAACUUUUCUUCUCAUAAAGCUUCUUUUCCUUAUCUCUGCUGCCUAGAUCAUCUGAGAUGCUAAAUAAGGUGCUGCAUGUGUAUGAAUAUUAUGGAAACAAAAGCCAGCUAGUGCCCCACUCUGUUAGAUGUGGGAAGUUCAGGUCAAUGCAUCAGGUUUUGCUGCAUUAAUAAAAUAAUAGGAGUAAUAGUAAUAGAUUGGAAGUUAGUGAGCUUGCAGUUUAAUUGAGAUAAGCACAGGAGGUUAAGAGGAAAUGGAAUAGGAGAUUAAUAAUAAAAUAAGGAAAUAGUCUACUGAAUUUAGUAUAUCUUUUGGGAUUUAAAAAAAGGCUAGAGAUAAAUUAGUCAAUCUCAGGUGAUGACACUUUUCAGAAAUUGACAGUGUUAAGUGAAAUGACAUAAUCAGGUUAAAGUAGAAGAAAUCUGUGGUUUAACCUCACCCACCCACCUACCCCUCAAAAGAGAAAAAGGAAUAGAAAUAAAAAGAAAUGAAAGCAAAAAACUAAAAUAUAAGAGUUUGUUUGUUUGCUUACAAAAUUAAUAUUCUGGUAUUGAGAUGCUGGAGCCAUGAACAAUAAAAAGAUGAACAGAUAAAAGGAAUAAAACAAAAAUAUUCAGACAAUCAUUUAAAAAUGUAGCUGGUUAGUUCAGAAAAGUAAGCUGAAAUAAAGAUUCUUUCAAGAGGCACCAGAAACAAUACAGUGUCAGGAUGUUCCAGAAAAAUGGAGCUGCUAUACUGAAGAUUUUUCUCUGGAUAGGUCACAAAUCCUUGUGGAACUGUGGAGCAUGGCCUCUGUGACAAAGCAGAUUGUUUCUGUAUAUAAGUUUGAUAAGACCAAACAGUGCAUUGGCACUAUGACUAUUGAAAUAGACUUCCUGCAGAAGAAGAGUGUUGACUCUAACCCCUAUGACUCUGACAAAAUGGCAGCAGAAUUCAUCCAGCAGUUCAACAACCAGGCAUUCACAGUUGGGCAACAGCUUGUCUUUAGCUUUAAUGACAAACUGUUCGGCCUUUUGGUUAAGGACAUUGAAGCUAUGGAUCCCAGCAUCCUUAAAGAAGAGCCUGGCACAGGAAAAAAGCAGAAGAUCGAGGUUGGUCUUGUUGUUGGGAACAGUCAAGUUGCUUUUGAAAAGGCUGAAAGCUCUUCAUUGACUCUUAUUGGCAAAUCCAAAACUAGGGAAAAUCGUCAGUCAAUCAUUAACCCUGACUGGAAUUUUGAGAAGAUGGGCAUCGGAGGCCUUGAUAAAGAAUUCUCUGAUAUCUUCAGGCGGGCAUUUGCUUCCCGGGUGUUUCCACCUGAGAUUGUAGAACAGAUGGGCUGCAAGCAUGUGAAAGGUAUCCUCUUAUAUGGUCCCCCUGGCUGUGGUAAAACACUCAUGGCCAGGCAGAUUGGCAAGAUGUUAAAUGCCAGAGAACCUAAAGUAGUGAAUGGGCCUGAAAUUCUGAACAAAUAUGUCGGCGAGUCAGAAGCCAACAUUCGCAAGCUCUUUGCUGAUGCAGAAGAAGAGCAGAAGAGGCUUGGUGCAAACAGUGGUGUGCACAUCAUCAUCUUUGAUGAGAUUGAUGCCAUCUGCAAGCAACGAGGGAGUAUGGCGGGCAGCACAGGUGUCCAUGACACUGUUGUAAACCAGCUUCUGUCAAAAAUCGAUGGCGUUGAGCAGCUGAACAACAUCUUGGUCAUUGGUAUGACCAAUAGGCCAGAUCUCAUAGAUGAGGCUCUCCUGCGACCUGGACGACUGGAGGUGAAAAUGGAGAUUGGUUUGCCAGAUGAAAAGGGCCGAAUCCAGAUAUUGAAUAUCCACACUGCAAGGAUGAGGACCCACCAGCUGCUGUCUCAGGAUGUUGAUAUUUCAGAGCUGGCUGUAGAGACCAAGAAUUUCAGUGGUGCUGAGCUUGAGGGUCUAGUUCGUGCAGCACAGUCCACCGCUAUGAACAGACAUAUUAAGGCGAGCACCAAAGUAGAAGUUGAUAUGGAGAAGGCAGAAUCCCUGCAGGUGACAAGGGGUGACUUCUUUGCUUCUUUGGAGAAUGAUAUCAAGCCGGCAUUUGGAACCAAUCAAGAGGAUUAUGCAAGCUAUAUCAUGAAUGGCAUUAUUAAAUGGGGUGAUCCUGUCACCCGGGUGCUGGAUGAUGGGGAGCUUCUUGUUCAGCAGGCUAAAAACAGUGACCGUACCCCCUUGGUCAGUGUCCUUUUGGAAGGUCCCCCACACAGUGGGAAGACAGCUCUGGCUGCAAAGAUUGCAGAAGAAUCUAACUUCCCUUUUAUCAAGAUCUGCUCUCCUGAUAAGAUGAUUGGCUUUUCAGAAACUGCCAAGUGCCAGGCAAUUAAGAAGAUCUUCGAUGAUGCUUAUAAGUCUCAGCUCAGCUGUGUGGUGGUGGAUGACAUUGAACGACUUCUAGAUUAUGUUCCAAUUGGGCCACGAUUUUCCAACUUGGUGUUACAAGCUCUUCUGGUGCUGUUGAAGAAAGCACCACCACAUGGCCGGAAACUCUUGAUCAUUGGGACCACCAGUCGCAAGGAUGUCCUGCAGGAAAUGGAGAUGCUGGAUGCUUUUAGCACUACUAUUCAUGUUCCCAACAUUGCUACAGGAGAGCAUCUCAUGGAGGCCCUGGAGCUUCUCAGUGGCUUUAAAGACAAGGAGCGCAGCACCAUUGCCCAGCAUGUCAAAGGGAAGACAGUCUGGAUUGGCAUCAAGAAGCUCCUGAUGUUGAUUGAAAUGUCGUUACAGAUGGACCCUGAGUACCGUGUGAGAAAAUUCCUAGCACUUCUAAGAGAAGAAGGAGCUAGUCUACUGGAUUAAAUGUGAAGGUGGAACCUUGUUCAGAAGCUGAUAUCCUGGAGAGCAGCUAAGCAGGAAACUACCCCACCAGGAGAAUCUUCUCUACAGACCUAUAGAUGUGCGGUGUAUCUGAACAAGAACAUAGUUUCCACUUCCUUCAGAGACUUCCCUCAUUCCUCCUUUUGCAUGUUGGAUGCAACAAGAUUAUCCACUCUUUGUUAUCUCUUGUCUUUAAUAUCUUGGUGACUUGUGGCAAAUCAAAUCUCUUCUAGAGUAUCUGCUUUUGUAUAAUGCUGCCAGCUGCACCCUCUCAGUUGGUGUUGGUGCAUAAGGGGAGGAGGGGAAACGUGCCAUGGACAGACCUGUAUAUGUUGGUGGCUGCAAUCUGACAGGGGUUCAUUCCAAACUCUGGGACCCACUUUACGGGAAAGCCCCACUUCAUAACCCAGAUCAAACCAGUGCUGAGGUCUGCAGAGCUGUACGUCUGCUCAGUACUCUCUGACCUCUUAUUGAACAGUUCCUUGUUCUGUGUCAGGAAGUGUCCGUCUCCUCCCAAGACAAAAAGUAACCAGAGUGUUAAAUGCCACCACUAGUUUGAGAUGAGCUAGGAGACAGAGGGGUUUUUUGCCUGAAUGUGAGGUGAGACAGUUUCCAGUUGAUAUGGUAGCAGCUGCUUUAUCUACAGCAGUCUUUACCUGCCAUGUAUGUACAGGCACAGUAGCACCAGCCAUGAGGUUCUGAUGCACGUAGGUUUUUCCAUAAAGAGGCAGGCGAUUCCUGUAAAAUAUUCCUAUAAAUGUUUGAAAAUAUUCUGCUGUAUUCUGUUAUGCUGGUCCUUUCCUGCCCUUCUGCCCUUGUAAGAGAAUGCCCCACAGUUUUAUGUUAGAGGAUCAGAAGUAUGGUUUCCACAGUAUAUAAGUGCGAAAUGCAUGAGCUCAUGUUGGGCUGCCUCCCAUCAAGUGGCAAACAGUUGCUGUGCUAGGUGCUGCUGAACUGCUGCUUUUCUACAACGUGGAAGUUAAGGGCAAAGUGAUUUUGCCUUUUUUUUUUUUGGAAUUACUUCCUGCCAUUUCUGCUGUACCCUGCAAUACUGAAUUGGUGAGGACAGUGGUUACUGCCCUGGCAUGUUCAGUCACAUGUUCCCUACUAGUCCUUUCUUGGAAAACUCACUAAGCAGCUUGCCUAAGUGACACAGUGCAAAUUUAUUUAGAGCCAAUCUAACUUUCACACCACUCAUCUGCCUUGUUCACCACCUCCCCGCUGUAUUUUGCAAUUAAAAUCAUUACCUGAAUCCUAUCCAUCAUGUAGAAUUUGCCUGCCUGCAGCUCAUAUCAGUGACAGCAUGCCAGUAGAAUUUGGACUGGGGAAGCGAAUCGAUAGGUGGGAUUCACCUGAUGUUCUGUUCUGUUAACAUAUGGCCAGGGGGAUAAGAACCCAAAUAUGGGGAUGCCACCAUCUCUGAAAAGGGUGUUGUCUAAAUUAGUCUUUACUUCUCUUUAUGGAGAACAAUGUAUUGUAGGGCCUAAAUCCCCCCCCCCACACACACACACACGCGCGCGCAUGCACACACAGAUGUGGCUGGGCCAGUCUGCCAUCUUGCCAGAAUUGUUUAUAUGAUUGGCAGGGCACCUUCUCCACCUUUCCAAGCUGCUGAGGCUGACAAGAUGGGAGCAACCCUUGACACCCUCCAACUUUGCACAGCAAAAGACAAACUGUUGUGUUGGACGCUGCUGCUUUGUACUUGAAUCACAAAUAAUGCAUUUAUUUUAAUGUGGAAUAGUAUCUUAUUUCUUUCAUUCACAUACUUUGGUUUUAGUAGUGUUGAGGAACCUGUGAAUCCUUGGUUGACUUAUGAAAUCCCUUCUUUUUUAAGCUUUGUGACUGGGCUGGUUUUAGGUGUGCUCUUCUCUCUGCCCCCAGCCCCAACAACCCUUUUUUCCUCAUCACUCCUCUUUCAGUGAAAGCAAAACACAUGUUGUAUUUAAUGUCAUGUCUUGUAUCAAAUGAUGUAAACAUUUUAUUGUGGUUUUUUUUUUUUUUUUUUGUCCAAAGCUAUACUGAGAGAAUCAUAUAGAUAAAUUGUGUGCUUUAAAUGCAGACCAAGUGAUGCAAUAAAAAGGCACAGAGUCUUAAAAACUGUUGAUGGCUCGUGAACUGAGAUGUGAUGGAUGCAGCUCUCCUUGAAAGGUUUACAGUGAUGCUGUGGCAUCCAUGAAGUUUGACUCGCUUAUCACAGUGUUAAAUUGCAUUGCAGGGUUGUGGCUGAAAAUGUUAGGUGGUACAAUUGGAGGGUAAACCAAAUGAACAUGAUGAUAAAGAUUUCACAAGACCUCAGUUGUGUCAAGGGAUGGCUGUAGCCCACUUUUGCCCUGGAGGGUAUCUUUGGGCCAAGAAUGCUGAGGUUAUUAACCACAGCCAGAAGUGCGGGAGGUAGUACUAGGUCAGGCCUGACCAGUUCAGAAGAUACGUACUAGUUGCCCGCUGCAGAAGCAAGCUGCGUGUGCCUCUGAUCCCUUGCAUGAAGAGGUCUCUGUUGCCUGGGUGCAAGGAACUUACUGGGAUAGGUCUUCGCCUUAGGUCAUGAAACUCCCAGUUCAAAUUCAACGGGUUGCUUGUGUUUGGGAUUAAGGGGUUGUUUGGGAGAAUGCCACCAAACCUAGUUUUGCUUUAUUUAAGUUAUUUUUAUAUUUUAGAAUCUUAUGUCUUUAUAAUAUUCAGAUCCUAGUGUUAAAACAAUAGGAAGGUGGUCAGUUUUGAAUUGCUUGUGUCCUUGGAAGAUGAUUUGCCUGCCUUGUGUCUUGUGUGCAACUUUUUUGUCCCAUAAACAAGUAAAGAGUUUACUUUCAAUCAGU